GCCUUAAUGCCUAACCUGGAUAUACGGGUCGGCCGCAUUCCUCGGUCCAAACCACGCAAGCGAUAAAAAUAAAGUGCAAUAAUGAAUAAUGAAUAAUGAAUAAUGAAUAAUCUCACUCCGCGCUCCAGUAUGGAAACCACAGCGCAAUAGUGAUCACGACCUCAACAAAAGCUGCUCUGAACCUCCGCAACUCCAACAAUGGCUCUCUAUUCAUCCUCAAAGUUUUUCAAUCAUCAAUUUCUAUCAGAGAGAGAAUCUUUUCAUCAAUUCCAGCCAUGUCUUCAUCAUUUCCCCUCAUGAAGAUGAGCACGAGCGCACUAUUGAAGCAAUAUUCACGACCGGCAACUCUUGCUGCUAGACCAUUUCUUGCACAAUGUCAGAUUAGAAAAAGUUCGCAUAGCCCUAUGGGCGCACCAAGUACGAGGAAGAAGGUCACGAUGACUACAUUAAGGUCUAUGUAUAAGAAAGGGGAACCUAUCGCUGUAAUGACGGCUCACGAUUUUCCAAGCGGACAUGUUGCGGAUGCCGCCGGCAUAGAUAUAGUUUUGGUUGGCGAUAGCUUGGCCAUGGUAGCCUUGGGCAUGGAGGAUACUAGUGAGGUUAUCAUGGAGGAGAUGUUAAUGCAUUGUCGUUCUGUAUCUCGCGCUGCAAAGGCUGCCUUCACUGUAUGUACAUACCCCAUAUCUUUUCAACCCAUCUACCCUCCUGUACUAACAAAACUAUUCUUCAGGUCGGAGACCUCCCCAUGGGCUCAUAUGAAAUAGCCCCCGAGCAAGCACUCGAAUCCGCUUUCCGAUUUGUGAAAGAGGGUCGAAUGCAAGGUAUAAAAUUGGAAGGGGGCGUAGAAAUGGCUCCGACCAUCAAGAAAAUCACCACCGCAGGAAUUCCAGUCCUGGGCCACAUAGGCCUCACACCGCAACGCCAAAAUUCUCUCGGUGGUUUCCGUGUGCAGGGUAAAACAUGUGCCGGCGCGCUGAAAGUUCUGGAAGAUGCGCUUGCCGUCCAAGAAGCUGGUGCUUUCGCAAUGGUCAUUGAAGCCGUUCCUCAGGAGGUUGCAAAACUCAUAACGGAGAAGUUAUCCAUCCCUACAAUAGGUAUUGGAGCAGGGAAUGGUUGCUCGGGACAGGUUUUGGUGCAGGUCGACAUGACAGGCAAUUUCCCACCUGGUCGAUUUCUCCCAAAAUUCGUGAAAAAGUAUGGUGAUGUUUGGAGCGAGAGCUUUAAAGCUAUUUCGGAAUACCGCGACGAGACAAAAUCCCGAGCCUACCCGGGCCCGGAGCAUACAUAUCCCAUUCCGGAAAAAGAGCUCGAGGAGUUUCGAAGUGCGAUUGAGAGGGGAGCAUGAGUUGUGGAUAAAAUUAUUGAUGUUGUAGAUUGCGGGCGUACUUAUCCAGGUUUAGAUUCCCCGUAUUUGCUCAGCUUUUAGACGCCGAAUAGCAAUAAGAUCUUGUUAUCAAGUAAAACAUAUCUUAUACAGCGUGUCGUACAUUGGCCAUCCGA